AUGAUUUAUGAAUUAUCUUUACUCAAUUUAAAGAAUAUCAAGUAAAAAAAGUAAGAUCUUUUAAGUAUAUAUCAAAUAUUUGAAAGAUUAGAAGAUAAAAAUUAAAUUCUAUCAGUCUUAGCCAAAUCCAACCUUAAUUUAGAUGAUGUUAAUUUUAAUCAUGAAGAAUUAGUAAUCUUCCUAAAAAAAUUAGAUGAAAGUGAUUUAGUUUAUUAUUUGUCAGAAUUUUUAGAAUCUACUUUAACAUAUGUUGCUAAAAAUAUUAAUGACUUCCAACCAGAUGAUUGGUGUUACACAUUUUAUUUACUUUACAAAUAUAUUGUCAAAGAUCACGAAGAACCUAGUAAAUUUGAUAAUGAUUUAAAUAUCUUAAAGUAAUAUAUCAAAUUGAGAUAUAUGACAAGUUACAGACAGACAAUCCCUAUCAAUAGUUCAUACUAUAAAAUAUUAUCAGUAGUAGAAAUAGAAGUAUUUUUUGCUGACGAUUUACUCAAUUUAUAUUGA